UGCAAACUCUCGGUCCGGUAGAUCGAGAGAUCCGCGUCUGCAGAGGCUUUUUCCAGCAGGACUCCUAUUAUUCCCACAUCUACCAGACUCAACAUGUCCAGCACUCAGAUAGACAACGGCUCUGCAAACUCUGCAGAAGCCAAGAAAGCAGACAUGAGAAUGACCGAGAAGAAGUGCUCGUGGGCCUCCUAUAUGACAAACUCUCCAACGGUGAUCGUAAUGAUCGGCCUGCCUGCAAGAGGGAAGACCUACAUGUCGAAGAAACUCACACGUUACCUCAACUGGAUCGGAGUCCCAACUAAAGUGUUUAACUUGGGCGUGUACCGCAGAGAGGCCGUCAGAGCUUAUAAGUCCUAUGAUUUCUUCCGGCAUGACAAUGAGGAAGCCAUGAAAAUAAGGAAGCAGUGUGCUCUGGUCGCUCUGCAGGAUGUGAAGGCGUACCUGUUGGCCGAGGGAGGUCAGAUUGCGGUGUUUGAUGCAACAAACACAACAAGAGAACGGCGUGACCUCAUUCUAGCUUUUGUGAAGGAGUAUGCAUUUAAGGUGUUCUUUGUGGAGUCGGUGUGUGACGACCCAGAGGUCAUUGCUGCUAAUAUUCUGGAAGUGAAAGUGUCCAGUCCAGACUACCCUGAGAGACACAGAGAGAGAGUGAUGGGCGAUUUCCUCAAACGAAUCGAGUGCUACAAGGUCACUUAUCAACCGUUAGAUCCUGAUGAUUACGACAAGGACCUGUCUUUCAUCAAGGUGAUGAACGUGGGCCGGCGUUUUCUGGUGAACCGCGUUCAGGACUACAUCCAGAGCAAGAUCGUCUACUACCUCAUGAACAUCCACGUGCACUCUCACUCCAUCUACCUGUGUCGGCACGGAGAGAGCGACCACAACGUUGAAGGCCGCAUCGGAGGAGACUCUGAACUUUCUCCUCGAGGCAAACAGUUCGCCAGUGCCCUGCGAGACUUCAUCGAGGAGCACGAAUUGUCGGAUUUGAAGGUGUGGACGAGCCAACUGAGAAGAACCAUCCAGACAGCCGAGGAGCUGGGCGUCCCUUAUGAACAGUGGAAGAUACUCAACGAGAUUGACGCGGGUGUGUGUGAGGAGAUGACUUAUGAGAUGAUCCAGAACACGUUCCCAGAGGAGUUUGCUUUGAGGGACCAGGACAAGUACCACUAUCGUUACCCUGGAGGGGAGUCCUACCAGGACCUUGUUCAACGCUUGGAGCCGGUUAUCAUGGAGCUGGAGAGGCAGGGCAACGUGUUGGUCAUCUGCCACCAGGCUGUCAUGCGCUGUCUGCUGGCUUACUUCCUGGACAAGAGUGCAGAAGAUCUGCCGUACAUGAAAUGCCCGCUCCACACAAUACUCAAGCUAACUCCUGUUGCAUACGGUUGUAAAGUGGAGAUGUUCUAUCUUAACGUGGAGGCAGUGAACACGCAUCGAGACCGGCCUCUUGAUAAAAUCCCGAGGGACUCUGCUCUCAUACAUCGGCGGAAUAGUUACACGCCCUUGUCCAGUCACGGCCAGGUCAAGCGGCCCAGGCUCUACAGCGCGGGCAACCAGCCCUGGCUACCGCUCGCCCCCACCCCAUCAGCUCUGAUGCCAGAGGGACGGCAAAGCCAAGAGUCCCUGUGCGAAGGAAGCGACUUUGACAGCCCCGAAGAAACUAGUGGCUGUGUCCGCUUCUGAGUGAAGAUGAAAGCCUCUUCCUUUAUGGCACAAUGUGAGCAACGGGUUUGGGUUCAGUCCUAAAUCCGAAGACUUUUUGGAAAUGAUAAUCAGAUUUUAUGAGGUCACUUUUUGGUCCUAUCUAUCUCAACCUCUCUGUUUAACUUUACUCUGCAUGCAGAGGCUUUGAACUGGAAGCCUUAUCAUUAGUACCAUUUAAACUUCUGCAUGUGCGACAUAAUCAAUCAAACAUAAAAAAAACAGGCACCUAAUCAUCAUUGUGAAUAAUAUAUACUACUUUACUGAACUUUAAGUAUAUUGAUAGAAUGAGCUCUUCUGUAUGAAUGUAACAAGAACAAUUGGGCGUCAUUAUGAUGAAAGCCAAUUUUCAGUAUUGCAACUAGAAUAUGUUAUAAAUGAAUUGCAGUAAAAAUAUUUUUAUAAUAAAAAAUACCUUCAUCUACCAUGCAAACAAGCUGUAGAUCUUAUAAAAUGUAUUCCUAGCCAUCAUCUGUUAUGUCUUCUGAUAUUUAUUUGGUUUGGAUUUGAGAGAAUGUACUUUUCGGGUUCUGAAGGAAAUUCAAAUACUGAAAUGUCUUGUUAGAUAAAAAUACAACAUUGCUGGACAAACUGUGUACCAGCAGCAGAUAAAAAAAACUUUGUUUUCUGCCAUAAGCUGCCAUUUCAUAAUGUUCACAAGCUAAUGUUAUCUGUUACAAUGUUCAAAACACAAAAUACUUUCAUUUUUCUUACUAAUAAUAGACAGUGGCACAAGUUCCAUUCUAUGACUGUGUAAGUUUUGACUGUUGCUAAGUUUUUUUUUGCUCAAUCAGCCUACUUGUGCCUUUUAA